CAGAGCUACCAGCGAGCCAGUUUGGUGACUGAGGAAGAAGAGUGGCGCACACAAUGCACUGCACGGCUGACAAGGGUUGUGUCUCCCUGAUUUUCGCGAUUAAUUUCCAAUUGAGUGGAAACUUGUGAAGGGGCAGCAGCGGAGCCGUUCUCUUUCUCUUCGUGUGUAUUUGAACUCUGGAUUGAGUGCGAAUAAGAAAUCUUUGACUGGAAACGUCGGCGAGUGGUCCAACUAAUCCUAAACAUUGGAUUACACUACACAGUAAAGGCUGCAUGAAGGAGCUGCCCAGCCCAACGGGGGCUUGGCCGACACCCUCGUUUAUGGAAAUCGACACCGAGGCUUUGAUAUUUGGGCCUUGAUUUUUUUUUUUUUUUACGAUGGAGGUGGGACGAAAGUACGUGUAAAGAAGCGAGAUAUUAUUUCAUGGGCGAUUGGUUGCAAAAAACGUAUUCUCUCUGCUUCCGUUAAAAAAAAGUCCUGUUUAGCUAGCUAACAGCUGCUUAGCUGGCUAACGGCUGGAUCGGCUAACGCUAGCUAGCCAGUGUGCUAACGUUACGUCUUUCUUUUGAUGUGAUGCGAAUUCAACCAUUACUAUCGGCCAUCAACGUUUCGGCUGGAACAUUUGUUCUCAUGGCUGCGGAUUAUUAGUUAGCUUCACAGUAAACUGUCCGGCGUGUCAGUUUUUGGAGACACGUUUUAAGAAUAUAGUUUUAUUCUUAGGUCGCUGGCUGAAUAUAUUGUAAUGUAUUGAGUUAGCCGUGGACAUGCUAUAUAGAGUCAACACUGACCUAACGUUAGCUACCAUUACUAUAACCGGGCAGCUCAUUUUUUUACUCCUUUUAGGUUGUGAGUAAUUUACUGUCAACAAUAACAAUUCACAUUAAUACGAAAUAAUGUCAUGGUCGGCGUGUUAAUGUCGGGUAUGUGGGCUAUUGGCCUUGCUAACGUAACGUUAACUAACAUGCAAAAAAAAUUGUCAGCAGAAAUUUAGAAAAUUCCUGCACGCCAGAGUUAAAUUAAGCAAAGCCAACGUUGGCGUGAUUUUAAUUUUGAAAUAUAACCAGGGUGAGCCUGCUUUGUCAUAACGCAACUAGUCUUUUUUUUUUUUUUUUUUUUUUUUUACAUGCGUAUAACUUAUGUGGUUGUCGGUAGCUAAUUAGCCUUCUACGGGACACAAUCAGCUAUGUCCUGACAUUUGUGUGAGUUGUGGAUGUUUUAAAUCCCCAUGUGGAGAUCAGUUUGCGUUCAGAUUUAUUGAAAUGACACUCAAAUUUCGCCGAAAGAAAGGCACUAAUGCCGAUAGACUGUUGUCAAAGGACGGUAAAUAAUAGCCACUUGGUUCCAUUAACGCCAUUUUAACAGGGGCUCCCUGCGAGGGCCUGUGUGGUGGUGGUGGUGGUUUAUUUGCGGUUCGGUGCCUUCCACCGGACCGGGACUUGAAUAAAGUGCCUUUGGUCUCACUGGAGCUACACAAGAAGGAGUUGUUUGAACAUGGAGGGCCCGAGCCGAAGCACUGGAUUCAGGCAAAGUCGAAGGUCCCGUUCACAGCGCGACAGGGAGCGGCGGAGGAGGAGAGUGGACCUGGCCAAUGAGCGGGCCACAUCCCUGUCCUCGGGCUCCGAUCGGGAGGCUUGUGGGACGAACAGUGUGCUGGGUCCCGGUGGGAGAGAAUGCCGGCCCGGUUUUGGGAGACACAGGCCUCCACGCCGGAGGAAGAGAGAGUCUGUGUCCUGCGAGGAAGACAUCAUUGAUGGCUUCGCUAUUGCGAGCUUUGUCAGCUUGGAGGCACUGGAGAUGGACUGCUCUCUGAAGCCCAGUCAGCGCACUGAUAUGCUGGGAAGGAGGAACAAGGGGAAGAGAGGGCCAGAGGAGAAUGGUGGAGGGCCGCUGUCGGAGCCGGAGGAAGGAGCUCCGCACAGCUACUCCAGCAGCUGUUGGAAGAGUAGAAAUAAGAGGAGAAAGAUAGAGGGACACCCUUUGGAGACUGGCUACAUUUGUGACACUGAGAGUGAUACAGGAGACAAGGCCUCCGACAACGACAUGGACCCAGUCUUCACAGUCAGUACGAGGAAAGUGGUGGAGCCUGCCCCCUCAAACAUGGCCACAUCCAUGGCCAAAAUCUGCCCACCUCUGCCGGCCCGUUGUGGCGGUGUCUCACGGUUGAUGGUGACCCCGAGAGUGUCUGGCCUGGAGCGAAGUCAAGAGAAAAGCUUGGAGCAGCAUUUCCCAGAGCCUGUUUCUUCUUCUACCUCUUCUGUGCCCUUCUCUUGCCUGCCUCCCCCGGUCACAGCCUCGGGCACGCUCCCCAGGUCCAGCCCGUUCAACGGUAACGGCAGCCGCCACAACGGCAGCCCGCCCCUCUCCAAACCCAAACCCUUCCACACUUUGCCUGGACGAUCCCAAUCCAUCUACAACAUCAACAGGAACAACACCCCAGUCAAACCUCCCCCGUCUGCUUCAUCUGCUGCAUCUUCCUCUUCCUCCAUGCGCCCCCCGACUCCCUCCACCAGUGUGCCGCUGCCCUACAUCAGGGGCUCAGGAUCCUCAGGGCCCCACCGACCCCCCUCCCGAGCCAACUCCAGGGCCUUGUUCACAUCCUCACCUGGCCUCCCCCCCCCUCCACCUCUGCUACAAGGUCCUGGCCACUCAACAGCAGCAGACCAAGAAUUACUGCGUCAGAACUUAAACUCCCACUUCUUGAAUUCACAAGAGCGCGAGGGCAGACGCAGCGUCCCAGGGGCCGAAAAUACUGCAGCGGCUGCGGGCCGCUCCACUCCCGGUGGUCCAUCGGCAUCAAACUCCGGGCCGGGCUCAUCAGGCCGGACGUCUCAGAACCAGCCGAGCAUCCCACCUCUGGCCUUCCAGUUUCAUCAGCACAACCACCAGCACCAACACACGCACACGCACCAACACUUCACGCCCUUCCUGCACCCCACGGCAACCGCACCGCCUCUGUUUGAUAAAUAUGCAGGCAAAAUGGACGGACUGUACAGACACCCUUUCUUCCCACAGUACCCGCCGCCCUCAGUGCCGAGUAUCCAGCCUGUGAUUCCUCCCACCGGGCCUUUCAGUUCCUUGCAAGGAGCUUUUCAGCCAAAGCCUCUUGUCCCUCAGGGAGCGGGUCCUGAUAUAACCGCACGACUUGGGGUUGUGCCUCACCACCUGCAGCCCAAAGACCCCAGGCUAACUGAUCCAUUUGGGACAUCGUUGAAAAUCAGUAAUAAACCAGGAAAGUGGUGUGCUAUGCAUGUAUAUGUGGCCUGGAUGAUUCUAAGCCAUCAGAAAAAAGUGAAGCUGAUGCAGGCUGAUCCUCACAAGUUAGACUUCCGUAGUGACCUGCUGGCCCGUCUUCCUGGAGCUGGGGGACUGGGCCCCCUGGGGCCCAUGGGAGGAGCCCUGCCUCCCUCUCAUGAUCUGACCAGACCUCCCAGUCUGUUCACACCUGCAGGGGCAGUCAAUCCAUCCUCCGCUCCCUUCAUCUCUCCAUCAGCGCCCCACUCCUCUUUCCUUGCUCCAACUGCACACUUGGAUCCGUAUGGCCGAUCCCCUCCCUUCACCCCACUGGGAGCCCUUGGUUCUGGUGCCUUUGGAGGACUUGGCAGCCCAACACUGGCGGGAUCUGUGUAUGGCCCUAAAGAUUCACCAGCUAAUGUGGUUGGAGGUUUGUCCACCCCCAACCACCAUGACCCGUGGAACCGUCUACAUGGCGGCCCAUCUGGGUUUGCUCCUGGCCCCAGCUGGGCUAAAGGGCCAGACAAGCGGGACGAGAGGGAUCGAGCAAAGGAAAUGGAGAGGAGAGACAUCCCCCACAUCAAGGAUGAAAAGGACAGAGACAAUAUGCUGUAUGGCCGACAACCUGUGAGAAUGUCUCCAGUCGCCCCUCCCUUCAAGCCCCGCAGUAGCACCCCAGUCUCCCACAUUAAUGGCCACAGCAGUGCCCUGGGGGGGAGCGCUGGGCCUAUCGAGGACCUGACACGCAGCUUAAAUAGAGACCGAGACCGCGAGCGGGACAGAGACGGGGACAAGAGGCCGCAGCCCCCGGUGUCUUCACGGGGACCUCCUCUGGGCUCGUCCGUAGCAGACAGGGACAGACCACGGUCUUCUUCUUCUUCUGUGCUCACCACUCCCCCACCCUCCAACCGCUCUGCCCCAUCUCCGAUGGACCUUUACUCGCGCCCGAUGGCCCAGACAGCACAUCACAGCGAGCCCUCGCACUCCCAAAGAGACAGUUACCCCCCCUCUUCCUCCGCAGCUUCUGCCUCUGUCACUUCUUUGUCUCAGGCCAAGAAGUCGGACCGGACCACGACCCCCGUCUCCAAAGCUUCGCUGCUUCUCCCGCCAGUCAAAGUCAAAGAGGAGCGGAAAGAGGAGCCCGAGCAUAUCCCCAUCAGCCUGCCCCCCCCAGCACCCAACCACAGCUUUGAGCGCCCCAACAGCCACCCACACCACCAUCGUUCUGGUACCCCUUCCUCUCUAUCACUGACGCCCACGCCUGGCGUUCCCCUCAUGGCACCCACUCAGAACCACCCUUCCCACCAGCACCUUUCCCUGCUGGAGCGCUCCCGGGCCAUUGAAGCGUACCUGGGGAGCACAGGUGCUGCCGGUUUGGUAAUGGGUCCCGGAGAACGUUUCCACCACGGUCCAGGCCAAGGGCCGUCCCAGGGUCCACACAGCUACACCUGGGACCCCUGGAGGGAACUGGCGGCCCAGCAGCAACAUCAGCAUCGUAGGGAGGCUUUGGCCCUUCGGUCGGACCCCCACCUAGCCCUGCGAUCCGAUCCACAUCUGGCCCGUCUGCUUCAGCAUCACCGUUUCCUGGAGGCAGCGGCCACGGCAGCCAACCCUCACCACCCUCCGACGUCUACCUCCGCCUCCACCUCUGCUGUCCGCCAGGAGUACGGCCUUAUGGCCCACCACUUUGACCGCCCUCACCACCUCGGACCCCCGGGGGGGGGACUGAUCGAUGAGGAGCAGCGCGCCCAGAUCCUGAGGGAAGACUUUGAGCGGGCUCGCUACUUUGGGAUGCACCCACACAUCCCCGCCGGCUCUCACCUCUCGAGCCCCUCUCAUGCUGCUACUGCCGCUCACCUGGAGCAGCUGCACCCCGGCCUUCUCUCCCACUCGCUCCAGCACGGAGCCUCUCACGCUUCCCAGCACCACGCUGGCCUCUUCGCCCGGCUCGGCCCGCUGAACCCACAGCACGUGCCCAACGGCAUCCUGGCAAAGACCCCUGCAGGCUUGGUGGGAGCUCUGGCAGUGGGGGCGCCGCCUCCGCUCAUUCCGUCCAUCACCAGCCGGUCGUCCACACCUCCCCGUAGACUUGGAGGGCCGGGCGAGCUGGCACUGUACAGCGCCCACAAAGACGGAGAGUCCAGAUAGUACAGGGACAACACUGGAUGAGAUUAAGGGAAAUGUCAGGAUCACUGUGCUGCUCUCAACCUGUCCCCUUUUCCUCUUGCAGACUACUAAACCCUGCCCCCUCCCAGUUACACAACCAAACCAGCUCCAGUCCCUCGCCACUCCCCCCCCCAAAAAGGGUAACCAUGACUGGCUGGAGGUGAUGGAAGGGAG